UCUGACCGGGUCAGUUUUUGGAUUUUUUGGGUUGGUAGCGGUGAAUGUACUGCGGAUCGCUUGUGUUUUGGUGUAGUCUGCUGUACGUUUUGUAUUAUGGACACUGAACUUAGGCACAGAGGAGGUGAAACUGCCGAUAAUGCCGAAGACAUCACACAAGCUGUGACAACUGAAACGACGAAAGAAGAUGACGUCGCUCCAAAGACUACAGCUGCUUCAUCUCACAUACCUCCCCAAGUUGAUGAUAUUUUACCUAAUUUAGAUGACAAGAAGCCACUGAUACCUCCGCAACAAGACACAGUACCUGAAGUACUGAAAGGUCUGCCACCAAGAUGGAGAAAUUGGAUUAUCCGCGGUAUUUGGAGUAUUAUAAUGGUUGCAGGGUUUUUGCUCAUCAUUUGGAUUGGUCCACUCGGUUUAGUCGCAUUGAUCAUGUUGAUACAGCUGGCCUGUUUCCGUGAGAUUAUUAAUAUAGGGUAUGCAGUGUACAAAUCACAGGAUCUACCAUGGUUUAGGACGCUCAGUUGGUAUUUCCUACUUUGUGCAAAUUACUUUUUCUAUGGAGAAAGUACCAAGGACUACUUUGGAAUUUUGGUACAUAAAGACUUGGAAUUUCUACAGCCACUUGCAGAUUAUCAUCGGUUCAUUUCCUUCACUCUAUAUGUACUUGGCUUCUGUGCUUUCGUUCUAUCCCUAGUGAAACAGCACUAUCUGGUGCAGUUCACUUUGUUUGGCUGGACCCAUGUAACAUUGUUGAUUGUUGUGACUCAGUCUCAUCUGCUGGUUCAGUGUAUCUUUGAAGGCUUGAUAUGGUUCCUACUCUCCACUUCUAUGAUUAUCUGCAAUGACAUAAUGGCUUAUAUCUUUGGUUUCUUCUUUGGUCGCACUUCCCUUAUUAAGCUGUCUCCUAAAAAAACAUGGGAGGGUUUCAUUGGAGCAUUUUUCUCUACUGUACUCUAUGCUUUUGCUAUGGCGUAUUUUCUGGCUCCAUACCAACAUUUUGUAUGCCCAGCAAAUUAUGAUGAUGACUUGAAGCGUAUUACUAUGGACUGUGAACCAUCAUCCACAUUUAUCAUGACGGAAUAUAAUAUACCAGUCAUAAUACGAGCAAUUCUUGGACUGUUUGGAAUACAUCAAAGUACUAUCUGGUUGUACCCGAUUCAAAUUCAUGCCUUGGCAUUGGCAACGUUUGCUUCGCUGGUCAGUCCAUUUGGUGGAUUCUUUGCAAGUGGAUUCAAAAGAGCUUUCAAAAUAAAAGAUUUUGGCGAUGUAUUACCUGGUCAUGGUGGAAUCAUGGACAGAUUUGACUGUCAGUAUCUAAUGGCUUCAUUUCUUCAUGUGUAUUUAAGCAGUUUUAUCAGGACAGCAAACCCCGCCAAAUUACUGCAGCAGGUGUUGCAGCUGAAUCCAGACCAACAAUUGAAUGUUUUCUUACAGUUUCAAGAACAUCUCAUCAAAAACGGUUUGCUGAAAGCCUGAACACUGGCAGAUCGAUUGAACUUGUCUUGUAUCUGCCACCCCUCCAAGUAUAAUAAAGUGUCCCAAAGGAGGUGAAAUAAGCCAGCCAGCAAUAGACUGUGAGUUCAGGGAUGG